CUUCAGUCUUCGCCAGGAACUGGGAGAGAACAGAGCUCUGUCGUCGUCACUCUUGGUUCGUCAUCAUCAUCAUCUCAAUUCAAAGGCGCAAGACGCUCUCCGUCUCUUGUUUUCAUAACAGAUUUCAAAUUUUAAUCGUCUCAAAAUUGUGAGUUGUUUUAUAUUUUCAAAAGUGAAGUGCAACAUCAAAUUCGUACAAAAAAAGAACACCACAAAUAAAAUAUAUUGUUAGCCAGAGUUUGUUUUGUACACGACUUUCAUAUUAUUGGAGUACAAUCAGUAUAAUUAUUAUAUACCGUUCACAUCAAGUCCAAAUUAGAACCAAACCCCGAGUUAAAAUUGGUUGUACUUAUCUUUACAAAUAAAGGGAAUAUCUAGCACAUUGUGAUUUUCAUUGUGUAACAACCCCAUUGUACAUCAUCGCCUAUAUUCCUUUGUGUUUGACUUCAUGAUCAGUCCUCGGGCUAAUUAAGAUUCAUUAAUACGUGUCUCAUUAACUUCCAUCACAACACCAGACAAUAUCGCGUUAGACAUCUUGAAGCAGCGUCUCACAUUCCACCACGCCACGAAAUACCGUCGAUGACUGUUCCCUGACUGACUGACGUGCUUCUUUCUCGGCAAAAGAAUUUUGAUAUGUGGUGAGAUACACAGAGUGUAAAUCUUGUGCAUGCAUUAAAUAUUUGGGUACGUUCCCAUUGGAUAGCCCAUCUUGUCUGGGAAAUCGUUAAAUAAUUAGCAGCUCACAAAUAAUAAAACGAGUAAUUACCUUUCUCUCGAUCCACCCAAGGAGGGACGGAGAAGAUUUAUCUCUGGAAAUAAAGUCAAGCGAUUCAAUUGCCUGCCUGGCUGCGAUAUUGGCUCUUAUUAUUAUUACCCCACUGCACUACUAACUGCAUCGCGGAGGAAGCGUUUUAGUAGGAAAUCCUCCGCAUUUCCCAUUACUUGACAAGAAAGACAAAGUGUAUCAGAAGCAAUAAGAGACUCGGCAUAUUUCACCACUGGACGACUGACUGGAGAGAAAAGCGACCAAGAAGAGGAGGGCUGAGCAAAAUAUCCACUGCAUCACAGAAGAUCUGCAUUCGGAUGAAUAUCUCCGCUUUUGGUGGACAAAGAAGGACAAAGUGAUUAAUAAUGUGCCAAAUGCGAUGAGAAACUCCUCCAGCCAGCCAACCAACGUUUCAAGCCAACUCAAUUUUAAGACCUGUAUGUACACGUUAUUACACAUUAUAUGCAGCAGCAGCCUCGCUACAAAUUACAACAGUGCUAAAACUCACAUAAAAUAGAGCGGAGAAAGAAGGCUUACACUCAACUCGACCGACCCGAUUCUCAACUUCCCCGUUUCCUCAAUUACAAAAACACACCCUGUACUCGAAGCAUUUUGUUUAAUCUGGAAACUCAUUGGGGAAAAUGGAAAGUGUGAACUGAGAGAAAAACUCCAAGUUUGAGAGAGAAGAGCGAUAAAAGUGUGAACCAUUAAAUUACAUACGUACCACCACCUUGGCCAAAGUAAGUAAGGUCCAUGAGGGAGUGGAAUGAUUCAAUGAUUGCUAUCAGAUCAGAGCAAAAGUAGGCUGUAGAGUACAUGAAGUGAAUUAAAUUAGGUGGGGUUUCCGAUUCCUACACACUCAACCUGCCCGAUAUAACUUAUGGAAGUGUAACAAACGUUAUUUCAUCUCCCAAAGUUCUCACCUAACAAUAAUUCAAUGAUCAUGCUACAUAGUUCACGACGUACAGCACACCCCCGCACAGCAGCUCAAACUUGAGUCUGCUGGACCUGAGGAAAAUCUUGUUCAACAGCUAACAAACGCUGCCCUAAAUCUAUUAACAAUUCAUCGGGACAAUUCAUUUUCAAAAUUAUUUUAAACUUUAGAAAAAUUCUAAAAAAGUUUCCCCUCAAAGUAUGCACUGUAUUAUCUUGGGAGUUUAACGAAAGUUUUAAAUAUUCUUCUCGAGUGAAGCAAAGGAAAUUAAAGUCUUUGGUAAAGUGUACACCAUUAUCCAACUUGUAUCAAGUUGCUGACCUGGAAACAUUUUUGAAACCAAUCGCGAUCGAAUUGAGCGUUGUUCACUUAAAAACAAGUUCCACUCUGAAAAAAAAAACUUUUAAAGUUUCGCCACCACCAAUCUUCGUACUCCUACGCCCUUAACAAAACAUUAACAAAACAGGAAGAAACAUAAAGUUUUUCCUUGUUCGUGAGUUUUCUACUGUGAAUCUGUGAAAUAUAAACCGCAAGAAAAUAUACGAGCGCGAGUGGUCCAGUUCCGAGCUGAAUUGACUGACUUUUCCCUCCUUGCUUCAUCACAUUCAACAUUAUUUUGUGUGCUGUUGCACAAAGCGACCAAGUUUUCUCCAUCCAUCCACUCACUCACUCACUCAUUCACUUCGUACAUACGGACGUACAUAGCUCGGACUACGUGUUGAGAGGCUGCUGUCCAAGGAAGUGGGGAAAGUUGGGAGCUGUCAGAACACGGCUCAAGUCGAGCGGAGAUGAGAAAGGUGGUUGGAUGCUUGGCGUAGGGAGAAGAAUAACCAACUUUCUUCCCCAACCGACGUCUCGUUUUACAAACAAUUACAAAGUUUAACAAUUAACUUUACAAACUUUACCUCAUCGUAUGAGAACAUUGAGCAAGAAAUUUAAACAAGGAUCUCAAUUAAACGGAGUCGAUUUAUUUCAAGGUCUACAAGGGGUAGUUUGGUGGGUGGGUAAUCCUUGAAUUUGAAAGUUGAGGAGGAGAAACUCCUUAAGACGUGGAACAUUAUAGUUUUGUGAUGAGUUACCUCGUGUAAAAUUGACAUUUGCUUGUACCACUACCACGACCACUGAAUGAUAAGUUAUUGAUAAAGGCAAACACUAUAAAAGUGGUUCAUCAUGACGGGACAAAACAGAAUUUCAAAUGUGGUAUCGGUUACAGCGGGGUUGAUAUUGUUGCUGACUCUUCGUGCGACGGAAUCCUCUAAAAUUCGGAUGAAUGAGAAUGGAGGCUAUGAAAAUAUUGUGGUGUCCAUUGGCAAAGAAGUUCCCCCGAUAGCGUGCCAGCAGCUCAUCCAAAAUAUACAGGGAAUAUUCACCUUGAGCUCCAAUUACUUACACCGUGCAACAGAUGGUCGCGCCUACUUUCACCAAGUGGAAAUCAUUGUGCCACCCAAUUGGGAUACCGCAUCUUGUGGACGAUCUCUGCCUGUGGGGGCCUAUACGUCUCGCGGAACAAUGAACGAAGCGGCCAUAAGAAUUGGAACGGAACACCCAGUUUUCGGAAGCAAACCAUGGACUCAACAGUCGCGUGGGUGUGGGCUAAGCGGUGACUACAUUUCCGUCGGGUAUCACUACAUCCUGCAGUUCAAUGAGACGGAAAAUAGCAUCGGAGGCAGCAGCGGCGGAGAUACCGAUGGAAAUGGAAAUGACUCUGACAAUGGUUAUGGGACUAACCGAGGGUACACUUACGGAUCCGCUAAUGCUGUCAGCCCCACUCCUACAGAGCGGACAUUUGUGAAGGAAUGGGCCAAGUUUCGCUAUGGAGUUUUCGAAGAAAUUGGCUUCCCGAACGAUCCAAUCUACCCUACCUCGUAUUCCGAAGGAGGAAGCAAAAAACCCACCUCGUGUACAAAUUCACCUGUUCGUGGAACGUGGUCUCCUGGGUGCGAUACAUCUUCCUGGAAUGAGAACGGAACUUGCAUCUUUAUACCGACCGUCUCAUCCGCGUCCCACGAGAAUAAUGAUCGGAUCGUCUCAUCCAUCAUGAGUUUCCCUGGUUUGAAAAACGUCCACAUGUUCUGUGAUCAGAAUACACACAAUUCUAAGGCACCCACGAAGCAGAACUUUUUGUGCGAGGGCAAAUCCAUAUCCGAAAUCAUCAACGCUCACCCGGAUUUUAAGAACAUGCCGACAUCUCGAGAGCCGAACGUGCCAGGGCCGCCGCAAUUCAUUGUCAAGCAAAUAACAACGCCCAGAUUUGUUUUGUUGGUGGAAGAGACCGGAAACAUGAACCUACGGGAUACCUGGAAGUUUCUUAAGCUCGCCGUGAGAAAGUUCAUCAAGUAUGAUUUGCCAAGUGGAACUCAAAUUGGACUCAUUAGUGUCAGUACCAGCGAUGUCAAAGUGCUCUCCAACAUGACCUCCCUGCUGACCAUCAAUCUUCGCCGGGCGUUGGCGGAUAAGUUACCGAACUACCCAAAUAUCGAUUCUGGCGGAAGCAUUUCUCUUAGACGAGGCAUUUUCCAUGCUGUUGAGAUGCUCAAGCAGCAACGGGCGGCUGCGGCUGGAUCUGUGAUUAUCCUCGUGAGCCAAGGGACCGUAUCCACACCCGAUCUUGAAGUUUCUCUUGAUCUACUUAGGAAGGAGGAGGUUACUCUGGCCGCCAUCGAGUAUCCAUCACUGGGAGAUGGGAAAAUUUCCGUGCUGGCAGAAGGGACUAAUGGGCCCAAUUUUGUCGUCCGAGAGUCGGGAGUGGGCCCCACAACGCAUAUGUCGACAUUUAUUCAGCUUAUAAAUGCUCUUAUGAGCAUUCAACGGUAUUUUACUGAAGACCUGGCCUCGUCCUGGCCUGUAAUGAUUCAUCAAGCUGAGUAUAAAGGGGACUCGAGAUCAUACGUGGAAGCCAAUUUCAGCUUCGAGUCGGCCGUUUCGCAAAGCCCAGCAGAGUUUUUCAUCUACACGUCGAACCCAAACGACCCGAAAAUCAACAGCGUGGAGUUGACGAGUCCGAGUGGGCUGUCGUACACUACCCAGUUGUCAGAUCUGCACGAUAUCAACGUUAUCAAAAUAGAUGCUUUGAUCAACGAACGUGGUGUUUGGAGGUACCGAAUCGAACGAUUAGCUGACAGCCACCAAAGCCAUUAUUGUCAAGUCGUGACAAGAACUUCCUCGGAAGACUUGAGUGUGCGACUUUAUACGAAUGUGGAGCUGGACAAAGUUGCAAAUUUGAGUGCUAUCCCUUUAGCCCUUUUUGUUGAGGUGAAACACAAGAAGAUCUCACCAGUGAUUGAUGCUGACGUCGAAGCAACCAUUGUGGCAGGAAACAAGAAGUGGACCGUAAAGCUCUUGGACAAUGGAAACGGUGAUCCUGAUUUGACUGGCGGAGAUGGUGUCUACUCUCGAUAUUUUAUUAUCCCCUCUGGUGGGGUUUUUGGGACCCAGUUGGAGAUUUUUGCUCGAGUUAUUGUGAACCCAUAUCGAGCCAGGUACAUUACAGUCAGUCAGCCACCUGCCUCUUCGACGGGAGGUCGACGUCUAAACGCAGGAGAAAAUUAUGAUCAACCGUGUUGUGGAUCUCGACUUGUCCCACCCAACCCCAAACAACAGUACGAGAUUGUGACGUUUGCGGAAAGAACUACCAACACACUAAUGCUCAGAUUUAGUGACAACCCGGUCCCGGGUUUUUACACCCCCGGCCGAAUUGGUGAUCUAAGAAUUGCAAACCUUCAUCUUGCAAGCAAGAACUUGACAUUGACAUGGACUGCCCCAGGGGAAGAUUUAGAUCAAGGAGUCCCAGCUUCUUAUCAAAUAUUCUACUCGGUGGAUGACAAGAAUGGUGAAAACUGGUCAAUGCUGUCCGAGUUCAAGGCUGACCUGGAAGCUGGAGUGGAGGACAACGCCACUGUCACCAUGCCCAACUAUGGAUCAUUCUUGGUAGCUAUUCGAGCCAUAGACUUUUACUUGAGAUCUGGAAAAAUGUCAAACAUUGUCAAAGUCGUGGUGUCGCAACCACCAAAAGAACCCCAACAUUCUUUUUCUUCAGCCGGUAUUGGGUCUGGUGGUGGAAAUACGCUAUCAAUUAAGAAUACGACACCAUCUCCAACGGGGGAAUUCAGCAAGUUUGACUUGAUGUUAAUAGUAAUUUGUGGAGUUGCGUUUGUCCUCUUACUCGCUGGAAUGAUCGUGAUCCUAUUAUACUGCCGAAGAGUGGGCACUUCCCAGAGAAAGUCGAGCAAGAAUCCUGGAGAUACAAAGAUUGCAGCCAUAACUGAUCCGAAAAGCCCAAUUCACUGGUCUGCAUCAGAACUUUUAGGAGAGCAUGAGAAGCGUCACAGUCUAUACGGAGGAAGCGUCUCCCCAAAAAGUGAGCAAAACCUGAAAAAUCAUGAAAUGCAAUUGAGUCACAAUCAAAUAAAUCAACACCACAUCCCCAAUGGGCAUCCCCCACAUCACGGUCACAAUGGUCAUCCACCCAUGCACUUGAACAUCAUGCCAAGUGAAUAUGGGGGUACGAAUAGUUCGACUCGAAGCAGAAGUUCCCCAGACUCAUACGACGAUCCUGAUAGCCCCACGCCAAUACCAGUAUCUGUGAGGCAUAUAUCUGCCCGUCCUGGUGCCAACAACUCGAAUGACUACACCAUUUGCGUAGAUAACUCGAGUAGAAAUAACGAUGGGAACAGUGAUGGUAGUGGGAGGAACAGCGGGAGCUAUGGGUACCCCCACCACCAUCAUUUGCAAUAUCCUCAUCACCAACACUAUCAAAUUCCCAUCGCGGUGGGUGGGAUGAGCAGUCACCCCAGAUUUCCUCCCAACACCGCACCUUCACCACUCCCACCUCUCCCCCAAAGCGCAUCGUCACACUUGAUGCACUAUGACCCUGACGUGCAAGGAUCAAUGAGCUCAGUGAAUAGCAAGAAGCGAAACAUAACCAUGGUCUAGUUAGCUAUUCGAUAGUAUGUAAUGUACAUACAUGAAGCGAAGGAGCGUGGAAAAAUCAGCUUAUACACAAAAUAUACUACACAUACAUAUAUGUAACGUAAAGUAACUUAACUAUUUAUCCUAACAUAACGCAUAAGUACGUACACAUUUAGAGACCACGUAAUGUCCACUCCAAUCCAGUAGGAUUAGCUAAAUUCCCCUUUCUCCCACUUUCUCCGUCUCAAUUUAUGCGUCUGUUGUAAACUGCGAGAUAGGAGGCUCGUUCUCACCAUGUUUGCCCAAUAUUUCAUCCCCAACUCUAAUCCCACAAAGUCUCGUAAUAACGCCAACUCUUGGCCAAAUGCCCGCAUUUGAUUUAACAAGACUCCUUGUCCAGCCAGAAUGACCACCAAGUCAAGUGGCUACCACUACUGCUGGACAUUGGCUGUCAGACCUUCGUUGCUCAAUGUUUGUAGUGCGUGACAAUGAAAGUAAUACCAUUUUUUUUAUUCCUCUACCGGCUCUACCCCUGAUUAAAAACAUGUUUAGAGUGAAAAGUCAGAUUUUUUUCAUUUUAGCAUCUGACACAGUCAACCUAAUACAUACAACAGUGAUUUAUAAAGAUUUAUUAUUUAUUGAUUAAAUGCAGUCGAUACGCACGUAGAUAUUUAGCUCAUCUAGUGUUCAUUUUUUCAUAUUUCGAACCUAAUUAAAUAAGUUGCAUGCCCAAUUUUUUAAAAUGUUAUUUUAUAUUGUUGCAAAACCUAGUCAGUUUGGGAUAUAUAAUACAAAUUCAUAUAUUUUAUAAAUACGGUUAUAAUGACAAUGAAAAUAACAAUUGCCGUAUUAGAUACACGAUAUAUGUAAAUGUAUAGCUAGCUAGCUGUGUAUAAAAA